GAAGAAGGUGAGGAGUGCGAAAAUGUGUAUGAAGAAAGUAAUGUGCAGACAAGUAUGACGACAAACGUGAGCUACACCAUUGCAUCAUCACAAAGCUUUCUCUGUUUUCAGAACACACCCCAUUUCCUCAAAGAUAACUAUACUAUUUUAUUCUUCUUUCGAAAAUUUCCAAGAAAAUUGUCUCUAGCAUAAAGAAUUACACUUUGAAGAGUCCUGAGUCUUGACGCCAAUCACCAUUUACUAUAUUUGUUCUGUAUCCUGUUUUCUUCCUUUUGGGUUUUUCACAACCGACUCUUUCUCUCAGUCCAAAUCAAGAAAAAAGAAAAUAUUUUAGUAUUGUUGUGUAUAAAGGAAAAAAAGUUCUUUUCUUGAUCCAUUCAUUCAUUCAUACAUCCCAUUUUUCUCUUGUGGGUGUUUAUAAAGAUUGGAUUUUGGGAAGUGGGUGUGUUGUGUUUGUAUGUUGUGAUAAUGGAUCUGAGGAAAAAAGGGUAUUUGCUACUGUUGUUAAUUUGGGUUUUGGCUGUGGCAGUGAAGGGAGAAAAUGUUGUUUUUAAUGUGAAACACAAGUAUGGUGGGCGUGGAGGUUCAAUAUUGAAGGAACUCAAAGCUCAUGAUAGUCGCCGCCAUGGCAGAAUGCUUGCAGCCGUUGACUUUGAAUUGGGUGGCAAUGGCCAACCUACUGAUGCAGCGCUCUAUUACACUAAACUUACAAUCGGGACUCCUUCUAAGGACUAUCAUGUCCAGGUAGAUACUGGAAGUGACAUCUUAUGGGUGAAUUGUGCUGGUUGUAUGAGAUGUCCUUCAAAAAGCAGUCUUGGGAUAGAAUUGAAGCUGUAUGACUUAAAAGCCUCAUCCACUGGGAAAAGUGUUUCUUGCGACCAAGACUUCUGCACUGAUAUGUUUAAUGCUCCCUACUCAGAUUGCAGAGUGGGAUCACCCUGUGAAUAUCAGGUUACUUACGGAGAUGGAAGCUCAACUUCUGGAUACUUUGUUAAGGAUUUCAUUCAUUUUGAUCAAGUCUCUGGGGAUCUUCAAACCACAUCCAUGAAUGGGUCCAUAGCAUUUGGGUGCUCAUCUAGACAAUCAGGAGAGCUAGGCUCAUCUACUCAAGCGGUUGACGGAAUAAUUGGUUUUGGACAAGCAAACUCAUCGCUUAUUUCACAGCUAGCUGCAUCUGGGAAGGUGAACAAAGUUUUUUCACAUUGCCUAGACAGCAGUGAUGGUGGCGGCAUAUUUGCCAUUGGACAAGUAGUUCAGCCAAAAGUAAAGUCAACACCACUAGUCCCAAAUGAGCCACAUUAUAAUGUUGUCAUGAAAGGAAUUGAGGUUAAUGGUGAAGCUCUAAACAUCCCAACCACUAUAUUUGAUGCUGGAUCCAACAGAGGAACAAUUAUUGACAGCGGUACAACGUUAGCAUAUCUUCCUAACAAGGUCUAUGAUGCUCUCAUGAGCAAGUUGAUGGCUCGGCAACCAGAUCUGACAACUCAUCUUGUCGAGGGGACCUUCCACUGCUUUUACUUCAGUAAAAAGAUUGAUGAUGGUUUCCCAGUUGUAACCUUUCAGUUUGCUAAUUCUCUGACUUUGAAAGUUUAUCCCCAUGAUUAUCUUUUCUCGGUUAAUGACAACGAGUGGUGUAUCGGUUGGCAGGACAGUGGAAUGCAGACAAAGGAUGGAAAGGAAAUAACUCUGUUAGGAGAUCUUGUGUUAUCCAACAAGCUUGUGCUUUAUGAUCUUGAAAACCAGAGUAUUGGCUGGACUGAAUAUAACUGCUCUUCGAGCAUCAAAGUCAGAGAUGGAACUUCUGGGAAGGUGUAUACUGUAGGUGCUCACAAUAUUUCAUCAGCUUCUACGUUGAAUUCAAGAAUGGUUUUUACGUUCUUCAUAUUAGUAAUCUCCCUCCUAUGCAAUUUGUUGAAGUGAGAUACCAGACAAAAAACUGUACAGGGAGUCAUUGUUGUACCAUAAGAUUCCGCAAUUCGAUGAUUCUUUGGAAUAACAAGUCUUAUACCUCAUCAACAUGAUUCUUGACAUUUUACACAAAAUACAAACAACACUGGUUUGAUGAAACAGAAGUUCUGCAGUUUCUCUUCUGUUCUAACACACAGGGACCGACCUCUCGUAGAUGCUGUUGGUCUAAGUAUUCCUUUCUUAUUCUGUUUCAUUUUGUUUCCCUGCCUGUUCUCUUGGGCCAUGUGAUAGAAGAUGAUAGUGAAGAGAUGCAAGCAAAUGCUUGAUAGGAUAGUUUUUUUUUUUUUUUGAUGUUAUUCACGAGUAUUUUCAAUAUUAAUGUAAAUCAAUUGGUGUUUUUUGUUUUGUUUUUAUGAGGAUGCCAUGUUAAUGUAUUUCCUAAUUUAUGAGUGCUAGAUAAGAAGUGUUGUUUCAGCCUCAGGCUGCAUUUGCAAGCAGAGUGAACAUUGUGUAUGAGUGUUUAUGUUAUAUAUCCCUCUCUUUCAUUUUGUUGA